AUGAUCUUGCAGACUAGCCAUCUUGACCCUGCCGUGUAUCAUGCCGCUAAUAUGCUCGCGGCCGUCCACCAAGACUCGGAGGCGAACGAAAUGCGCUUGUCUGGGGAAAAUCUGCAGCGAGCUCGUCAUCGCUUUGCAAUUCAGCAGUCCUCGCGAGCUUAUACCCAUCUUUCCCAACGCCGAGCCUCGAACGACCCUCAGUAUCGGGAAGUUAUGCUGGUAUGCUGCCUGCUUUUUGUCAUCUCCGAGCUGCUAUUGGGACGGUAUGAUAAUGCCUUCCAACAUCUGCACAGUGGGCUCCGUAUACUCAAAUAG